UUGACAUUGACUUAAUAAUAAGUUAACAAAAUAAAUAAAAGAAAUGUUCUUCGCCAAGAACACAACGGCAAUUCUCCAGCAAUUGCGGUUGGUGAUGUUAAUGGCUGAUGUUGUGCAAAAUCCAUUAUCGGCAUACAUUGUACCAUCCGGAGAUGCUCAUCAUAGCCUGCGUAUGGCUGAUUGUGAUCAACGAAGAGCUUUUGUUACUGGUUUUGACGGCUCUUCAGGAGUAGCUGUUAUUACUUUAGACGAAGCGUUCCUUUGGACAGACGCUAGAUAUUUUAUUCAAGCAGACGAGCAAAUGGAUGAAAAUUGGACGUUGAUGAAAGAUGGUAUUGAUAUUCCAAUGGAAGAAUGGUUAGUCCACAAUUUGGAUUCCGGUAGCUAUAUCGGUCUGGAUCCUAAAUACUAUGGAAAGGUGGAAUGGGAUGCAUUGAAAAUGGUUUUAGAAAAUAGUAAUUUAACACUUACGCAUUUGAACUAUACUAAUUUGAUUGACGAGGUAUGGACCGAUCGUCCUGACUGUCCGAACGAUCCGGUAAGGGAAUUGAGUAUAGAAUUCUCUGGAAAGUCAGUGCAGACAAAGAUGCAAGAAAUCUACGAAGAAAUGGAUCGCGAACGCGUGGAAGUUUUAGUCAUAACUGAGUUGGAUGAAAUUGCAUGGCUGCUGAAUCUCAGGGGUACCGAUCUUCCUUUAGCUCCGGUUUUCAAUGCCUACACAAUACUUAUAAGAAGUGCUGAACAGCUCGAAGUAUUUAUCGACAGCAUUAAAAUUUCUGAGGAAAUAAAACACAAUUUGUCGUCUGAAUUAGGAGGAAAUGUGACUUGGUACUCGUAUGAUGCGAUUUAUGAUCGUGUGCAACAUUACGUGAAGUCAGAGUUAGGGAAAAUUUGGAUCAGCAAAUAUUGUAAUGCGUACUUGGGUAGUCUGAUUCCAGAAGAUAUUUCAGUAAUGAAGCUGACGCCGAUUUCAUUACUAAAAGCUGUGAAAAAUGACGUCGAAGUAAACGGUAUGAAACAAGCGCAUUUACGCGACUCGGCAUCAAUUGUUGCAUUUUUGGCAUGGCUGGAGGAGUUCAUGGAGUCGGAAGAUGUAAUUAUAUCCGAAAUAGAUGCUGCCAACAUGUUAACGUCGAUUAAGUCAACUCAACAAAAUUAUGUGAGUCAAAGUUUCAAAACUAUUUCCGCAACUGGUUCCAAUGCAGCCAUUGUCCAUUACUUUCCAACUGAAGAAACUAACACAAAUUUGUCCAUAAAUGAAAUGUAUUUACUAGAUUCCGGAUCACAUUAUUACGACGGCACAACAGACAUAACACGAUCACUACACUUCGGAACUCCUACUGAUUUUGAAAUUGACUGUUAUACAAGAGUACUCAAAGGUCAUAUAUCUGUGGCAACUGCCAAAUUUCCAUAUAAGACUACCGGUCGUGUGUUAGAUUCAUUUGCAAGGGAAUUUUUAUGGCAAGUUGGACUAGACUAUGGACAUGGAACUGGACACGGUAUUGGAGCAUAUUUAAAUGUAGGUGAAGGACCGCACAGUGCUGGGAUCAAGUAUAAUGUAGACGAUCCAGGACUAAGGGAGAACAUGUUUAUGUCGAAUGAGCCUGGUUACUAUGAAAAGGACAAAUUCGGUAUUCGUCUAGAAAAUAUCGUACGAGUAAUCAAUUCGGAAAAGUACGCUGAAUUCCUAGAACUGGACACAAUCAGCUACGUGCCUUUCCAACAGAAACUAAUCAAAACGUGUUUACUUACGGGGGCAGAGGUAGACUGGAUAAAUGACUACCAUGCCAAAUGUUUGCAAUUCGUUGGAAAUUAUAUAAAGAAUCCAGAUCAUCGUUAUUCGAACGUAUCAAAUGUGAUGACUUGGCUGGAAGAACAGACUAAGCCUAUAGUUUUAUCGUGUUCGGAUUGUAAAUAAGCACACAGACAAUGAGACAAUAAAUGCGCUCCU